AAGCCAAACCUCUCCACUUGGCCUUUUUUCAACACCAAAAAGAAAUUAUAUAUAUCAUUUCGUUUCCUUUACAAACCAUUCCCACACGAUACAAACCAUGCAGCCCGACAACUUGCCGGAAAAUUCACACUUGUACCGGUUGCUUGCCGAGAACGGAGUCUUCAACAUCGGACCGUACGGGUUCCCAGCUAUGCAAAGCUUAUGCAGUUCAUCUUCUUCCUCUUACCAUAACUACCCCCAAGAAAGAUCUAUAAUUACGGAUAUGACACCACAAGAUAGAGCUCUUGCUGCUUUGAAGAAUCACAAGGAAGCUGAGAAGAGAAGAAGAGAGAGAAUUAACUCUCACCUUGAUAAGCUUAGGAGUCUUCUUCCUUGCAAUUCUAAGACAGACAAAGCUUCACUUCUAGCAAAGGUUGUUCAAAGAGUUAGAGAACUAAAGCAACAGACAUCACAAAUUCCAGGACUGGAAACCUUCCCAUCGGAAACCGAUGAGAUAACUGUACUUUCUGGUGAAUAUUCAGGCGACGGACAGUUAAUCUUCAAAGCAUCUUUAUGCUGUGAAGAUAGGUCUGACCUUUUGCCUGAUCUAAUUGAGAUACUAAAAUCUCUCCAUUUGAAGACAUUGAGUGCUGAAAUGGUAACACUUGGAGGAAGAAUUAGAAAUGUACUUAUAGUUGCAGCUGAGAAAGAUCAUAGCAUUGAAUCAGUACAUUUCUUGCAAACUGCACUCAAAUCUUUACUCGAAAGAUCGAAUGCUAGUGAUCGAUCUAAAAGGCGAAGGGUAUUAGACCACAAACUAAUGACCCAAUCCCUAUAAUUUUUGUAGUUUCUUUUCUCCCUUUUUAUUUGAUUAAAACUUUGUCGUUUCAGUGUCUGUCUCGUAGUAUAAGAGGUCAGGAGUUCAAAACCUAUGACCCCUUUACCUCACCUAACUGAAGAAAAGAGCAAUUCCUUGUUUGUAGUCUUAAUUAAUUAUGGGGUUUUAUAUAUUUUUUUCUUUUCUUAUUUUAGUGUAAAAACAAGAAAAGAGGGAGAUGUAUUUGUGUGGGUAGUUUAGGGUUUAGAAUUAUCUCCAUGCAUGUGAAUCUACCAAUUGCUUGCAAGGAGAGAAUGCAUAGGGAAAACAAAGAAUAUUCUUUCUUUUGGAGCGCUAAAGAUGAAGAAGCAAGAAAGGAGAAAUAUGUGUACGUAAUUAAUGUGAUUCUUGAAUCUGUAAAAGCAGAAAUUUAUGCGAGUUUCCAAGAACUGAAUAUUAGAGAUUUGAAUUCUGUGCA